GCUCUUGGCGUUGUGUGAGCGCUGCGAAGUCGGAUGUUGACAGGCCUGCUGCUGAGGUUGUGGCUGCUGCCGCUAUCACGUUUCCUCAGUUUGUCCACAUCUUGCUAGAACUUUCCUGUACCUCAAACAUAUCCACGGCAACGCCAUGGCAACCGAACGGCAAGUACAACCUACUACUUUAGAGUAAAUAUAUCUUUAUUUAUUUGUUUAUACGCAGCAUUUUCACCGAUAAUCUCUCCUCUCGCUUCAGAAGCUUCCCCGAUAGCUUCAUAGACGAAGAUCCACAGAGAGCUUUGCAGGUAAAGAUCAGCGUCAGCUAUCACAUAUAAAUACCAAGUCUGAAGAUUUCUUGGCUCCAUGAGGGAAUAAUGUCAGUCUUCAUUUAUCCUGAGCUGCUUCUGUGUAAAGAAAAUGAUGUUAAAACACGACAUAGCCAACAGAGUUAGCCAACGUGUCUUGUUAGCUUUACUUUGAAUGAAAAGCAAGUAUAAGUCCCUUAAAGUUAAAUUAACUUUUUUUUUCAUAUCAACUAUGAAAGUGCAGCAUUUGUAAAGGUAACUUUGUGUAUACAUUCAGUUUUACAUGUUUAAUCAGUUUUAAACUUCAUAUAACCUGAGAAGACUUUUUGCUUUCAAUUUCUGUUCGGUUACUUAUAGAUUUUACUGCCGGUUUGUUCGGGGAUUUCUGCUCCGUUUUCACAUGAAGUUAAAGUCGAAUUUUUGGUUUGUUUUAGUUUUGGUAAUAUGGUAAAUAAGUUCACAGUGGUACCCAAAAGAAGAGCAGAUAAAGUAUUGUUUACAUAAAACUCAGAAUAUCAGACCAUUUUCAACAGAAGUAUUAUAGUCUGUGUAAUAAGUGCAAUUUUAGGAUCACCUUGAUUAUGAAUUUCACUACAUUACUUAUGUAUAAAACCACAUAAACAUACUUCAUAAAUGUAUUUUUCCUACUAUUUGAAUCUCAUAUAAUUGAGCAAUAGAACGAUAUAGUACAAAACAAAUGAACCUUUUUAAAGGUAAUUCCAGACAGACUUGCAGUAAUACCUAUUUGAUUCUCAGAUGUGCAUUUCCACUGCUUGUUAAAAUGACCUGAAUGUGUCGUUGUCACUGGUAUUGGUUGUAUUUGAAAAUAUUGCAAAGAGAGGAGGCAAGUAAACAUAAGUGAAAAUUAGCAAUAAAUGUAUCAGAUUUUUUUCUUGAUCUGUUAUUUCUCAGUGGUUACAGAAGCUUCAACUUUCUACCUUGUUCGCCUCCACAAUAAAGUUCAAUUAACACACCAUAAACACAUUACAAUAAAUCAACUGAACUGCAUAAACAAAGGUAAUAGUCGAUUUGAUAUAGCACUUGCACUCACACACACACGGAAACUUUUAGCCACUCAGCCUCAGCUAAAUGCCUCCUAAAAUAAUUUGGAUUUUUAUGGAUAACUGUGUGGUUGGCUUCAAGGUUGGGAAAGAACAGCGUGUGAAUGUAGUUAAGAGUUUUUGUGGCAGUAAAGGAAAACCCCCCUCUGCUGAUUGGGUGUAUUUUAAAUACUGAAGAGACCUGUCUCAAACACUGAUAUCCUGUUAUACUAACAUGUAGAACAGCGGAUAGACAGGAAACUGAGGUGAAGUUGUUUUUUAACAUUAUAUGUGUUUAACUCAUGUCUACAUAUAGCAUAAUUGAGCAGUUUUACCGUACAUAGAAAGGUUUUUUUUUAUUGUGCAGGCCUACCUCUAACAUGACAUCUUUGUUCCUUCAGGCACUAAAUGAAGCCUUGCAAGCAGAGUCUGACAACGCUGAGUGGUUAUGCCAGCGUGCCUAUGCCCACAUACUCCUCAAAAACUACAGCUGUAAGUCUGUACGCACGUGUUGGUUAUCACACAAUGGUUUUCAAUAAGAAAUAUAUCUCCAUCUUCUUUUUUUGAAUGUGUAUUGCUUUUUCUUCAUUGCAAAAACUGCCUGCAAGUUGAGAGUCAAAUUUGGUAGAGUUCAAAAGCAUGCGCUUUAAGUAAAUAUCUGCUACUGUUAAGACAUUACUGGAGGCUGUGAGGAUGGCAAGAGUAUUUUUAAGUGAUACAUUUUAGAUGCAAGUGUGUGUCUUCCUUUCUUCUCAGGUGCAGCUGAUGAUGCAAAAAAAGCUCAGCAGCUACAACCCAGUCUCCCUCUGGCUUUCAUGAGAACAGGGUGUGUAUUAAAACAUUAUUCACACAAUGGAGGGAAGUCACAAUCACACAUACAUGGGCUAUCAUUCAGUAAAUGUUUGUAAAUGUUCAUGUAGAUUUAUACAUAAAAAGGUCCUCACUACGAUAAAAAUUUGAUGCAGAAAAUCCAGAUUUGAUCAUAGGCACGGGAAGUUCUUGAAUGCUUCAGUCAGCACAAAUUCCUGCCCAGGAAUGACCAAUAAACAUCAUUUAAGAGGGUGUGGAUAUGUGCUUUCUGCACCUGAACUUUUUUAUGCAUGGCACAGAGAAAGAAAGAGAGGAAGAGGAAAAAACUUUAAGAUGCUGGGUUAAGAGUUAAUUUGGGAAACGUGGCAUCAUGAGGAAUAAUUGAUUUUCUCCUAUGAGUGGUGGUGUUUCACUUUCCUUAAGAUUACUGUUUAUGCACAGGAGCAGUCCAAGUCCUGUCUUGUUAUUAUAAGACAGCUCCUGUGGUGUGUAGUGGGCCCUGUAGUGUAGUAACCCUGUUUUCUAGAGACAUGUUAGACCACUAACAUGUCCACAUGACCACUGGAUUAAAAAAAGAAACAUGUGUAGAUACCUGUGGUGGCAGGUAAAAGAAAACAGUUAGUCAUUUGCAAGUCUGUGAGUGGAUAUUACUAUACAUGUGAGUGCACAAAUCUGCAUUUGGCUUUUCUUCCAGAUCUGACACAUAGAGGGCUCUGUACACACACUUAAGGAUGUAGACAGGCAAUAUUCUUAACAGUAAAGCAGUUUUCUCUCUCAGUUUCUUUUUCCAAAUAAGUGUUACCUGUGCUGUUGUCCCGCCAGUCCACUGAGCCACAACGUUGAGCAACACCCACUUGACAAUUUUUUGUGAUUUACAAUUUGAUUAUCAUUAAACAUAUAGAAAACACUAAUUAAAAGUACUUCUAAAUAACCCAUUUUGCAUUUUAAACCUUCUCUGAAGCUCAAAUAAUCUAGCUAAAUGUGUUAUACUAUUUCCAUAUUUGGUCAUGUUUAAAAUACAUUUUUCAAAAAUAUCUGCCCUCUGUGAACAUGUCAGAUCACAAGAAGAAUUUUCAAAAAUAUCUUUUGGUAACGCUGAGCAAUAUUUAUGUGCAACAAGCUCUACGAGUGGUAAGCAGCAAGUGUAAAUUUUGUGAGUAGUUACAAAUAAAUUGGAGCAACUAAAACUUUAAUGAAUGCCGGGUUGCCUGUAAAUUUAGACACAAAUUCGCUCUGCCCACCUCUGAUCCUUUGUUUUUGGUAUGUCUAUCAACCAAAACAUCCAAAUGAUUUUAGUUUAAGAAUUGAAAGAGUCAUAACAAGAUGAACAACUCCAAGAAAUACACAUCUUUCGUGAAGGUGAAACUUUGGGGUCACUUAAAAAACAUGUUUCCAGGACUCUGUGUUGCUCAGACACACUUACAGUUUCAUUUUAACUCAAAUUUAAAAAGUUGUGUGAGAGAAGUUGAACUUUUACUAGAAAGCCACAAAGUUUAGGUGCCAGAGUUCUUUGGUGUUUGUUUGUUUGUUUGUUUUUAACAAGGUACGCAGUCCAAACUGUGUGUGUCAGAAGAGGUCACUUAAAUUUCACCAAUAUUAUCACAUCUAAGUGUAUGUGGCAUGUUUUUCUUUCCCACCUGCAGAAUAGCAGAAUACCACCUGAACUACUAUGAGUCAGCACAUGCAGCGUUCUCUCAGGGACACCAACUGGAUGGUGAGUGCAGCUUAUUUUGGCCUGGAGUACAAACUUUCUAUCAACCCACUCUACCAACCUCCAGCAGGGCUCAGCAGUGCCCUGUCUGCUUCACUCUCCUCACUGAAUACAAAGUGCUAAACCUGUGUCACUUAGCUGUAGGAAUAAAAAACAAUGCUGGAAGAAUCUCGAACUUUAUGGUUUUAUUCUGCCUCCACUUUUCAGCUGAGGUCAGAGGCAUUAUAUUUUGGGUUCUGGCUGUCCAUUUUGCAAAUUUUUUAUGUCAGUAAAUUUUAGGAGAGAAUGUCAAAUUUUGCACAAUAGUCCUUUCCUGGGACAAACUGAUUAGUUUAAGAUCAACAUUGAAAUGAGUUUGAUCUGCACACAUUUUUGAAGUAGUGACACACCAAUUCUGGGAAAAUCCCACACAAAUGUUUCAUGGUUAAAAAUGACAUGGUGACAUUUUCUUCAUACAAAGCUCAAUCUCUCCGUGAAAUCAUCAUUUUAUUGAAUAACAGUUUUCUGAGAAAAUUUUAAUCCAAAUCUUUCAAAAGCGAUUUCUCAGAAAUAUCGUGUGGGAACACAACCAUUUCAAGUUUUUGGUUCAAGGUCAAUUUGGCAGUGACUGAGUCGCUCACUCAGUUUUUUUCAUUUGUUCGUUUUGUUUUAAAUUCAAUACAUGUGAUUUAUGUUUGUCUGAGAGCACAACACAAGUUGUGAUUAUUUAUUGGACAUUUUUUCCUCAAUCUGCCCCUUGUAAGUCAAGAGACAUUACCUGGAAUUACAGCCUAAUUGUACCUACCUGUAGUUCAUCCUCUUCUGUUUAAUGCUUGCCUACUUAUGCAAUUAUUUUAAUGUAGAGGAAGGCUUUGUGUUUUUAAUUCUAAUCCAAAAAUAUAUCCUCUCUCACAACCGUCACAGGUAUUAAUUUGUGAUUGUCUUGCUAAGAUAUUUAAUAUGCAAACCAAGUCAAUGGUUUUGGUUUUAAUUUAGCUGUCCUCUCAUGAAUUUUACUUGUCAAUGUUAUCUGCAGAGAGCAUAGCCACUACUGAGACGAUAUUCAUACGGCCACUUCUGAAUAAUCCCUGAACCCAGUUUGUCCAUGAUCUGUGCUGAUCACUAACCAUACUAAGGGUUGCACGUGAUUACUGGAUUGACGGAAAAUCUAUCAGAUAUAUAAAUUAUUCCAUAAGAGUUGGAAUGUUGAAUUUGAUGGUUUGCAAAUCAUUUGAAGUCCUGUAUUUGAUUGUAGGUAGUGCAUGUGCUACAUAGUAAGUGUUGAAACAGAAAUUAAAAUUUUUUUUUGUUUGUUUUAUGAAAAGUCUAGGCAAAUUUUAAAUUUGUAGCACGUGUCGAACCAUAGGGAAAGGGGCAAAAAAAAGUUGGAUCUAAGAAUAUUUUAGUUUUGUAAAUUACAAGUCAAAUGAUGCAAAGAAAAUACUGUUUACCCUAUAUGAUACUUUUGCAAUCAAUAGACAAGGAAGACCAUAAGAAAAUGGUAUUGUCCCAUGAAGUCAGGACAUUGUGUAAAACGUGAAUAAAAGCAGAGUACAAUGAUUUAAAAAUCCUUUCCCUCCAAUAUUCAAUUAAAUACUCUUCAAAGACAAGAUACUUAAUGUUCAAACUGAUCAAAUUAAUGUUUAUUUGCAAAUAUUCACUCAAUUUGAAUUUGAUGUCUGAAACACGUUCCUUAAAGCUGGGACAGGAUCAUGUUUACCGCUUUGUUACUGUCCUUUGAACAACACUCAGUAAGCAACUGAGGACACUAACUGUUGAAGCUUUGCGGGUGGAAUCCUUUCCCAUUCUUGCUUUAUGUACAAAUUCAGUUGUCUAACAUUACGUGGUUUCUGUUGUGGUAUUUUGGGCUUCGUAACGCUCCACACAUUUUCAGUGGGAUACAGGUCGGGACUGCAGGCAGAUCAGUCUCUUUGACUAUGAAGCCACGCUGUUGUAACACGUGCAGAAUGUGUCUUGGUGUUGGCUCGUUGAAAUAAGCAGGGGCCUCCCUGAAAAAGACUAAACUUGGAUGUCAGCAGAUGUUGCUCCUAAACCUGUAUGUACCUUUCAGCAUUAAUAGAGCCUCCACAGAUGCGACAGUUAGCCAUGGGCACUAACACACCCUCAGACCAUCACAGAUACUGGCUUUGACCUUUGACCUGAUAACAGUGUGGAUGGUCCUUUUGCUCUUCAGCCCAGAGGACACCGCGUCCAUGAUUUCCAAAAACAAUUUGAAAUGUGGACUCAUCAGACCUCAGCACACUUCUUCACUAUGGGUCAGUCCAUCUCAGAUGAGCUCAGGUCCAGAGAAGUGGGAGCUGUUUUUGUGUGUUGUUGAGUUUGAAUUUCCACUUGUAGAUUUAGAGACGAACUGUAGCACCUGACAAUGGUUUUCUGAAGUCCUCCUGAGCCCACGUGAUCAGAUCCUUUACAGAAUGAUGUGGGUUUUUAAUGCAGUGCUCCCGAGGGGUCAAAGCUCAUGAGCAUAUUGAUUUUCAGCUUUGCCGCUUACGUGCAGAUUUCUCCAGAUUCUCUGAAUCUUUUGAUGAUUUUAUGGAUUGUAAAGAAUGAAAUCCCUAAAUCCCUGCAUUAGCACAUUGACAAAUGUUGCUCUUAAUCUGUUGGACUAUUUGCUCACGCAGUUGUUGACAAAGUAAGAAACCUCAACCCAUCACUGCUUGUUAACAACUGAGCUUUUCAGGGAUGCUGCUUUUAAACCCACUCAUGACCCUCACCAAUGAACCUGUUCACCAGUGGAAUGAUCCAAACGGGUGUUUUUUGGAGCAGUCCUCAAUUUUCACGGUCUUUUUUGGAAGGUUUUGCUUUAUCAAAUUCAAAAUGAGUGAAUAUUUUCAACAGAAUCAAAAAUAACCAAGUUGAUCAGUUUGAACAAUAAACAUGUUUGUAGUGUGUUCAACUGAGAAUAGGUGGGAAAGGAUUUACAAAUCAUUAUAUUCUGAUUCAAUUGUAAUGUUGGGUUGUGUUUCAGAUUUCUCAUACUUAAACAGAUAGUGUCAGAUACUUUGUAGUGUAAUGUUACAUAACUCUUAGAGGGGGUAUCACAUCAUAUUCUUCAGUAAGCUUUGUAGACUCUUUGUAUUUAAAUUUAGCUUCCCUUUGAGUUCAGUUAGUAAUGAUGUGUCCAAAUAGCCGUUAUGAAUGUUUCGGCCAUAAGACCAAAAAUAACAGAGCUGGCUGGAGGGGUCGCUCCAAGAUGUCAGAUAAAGAUAAACAGGUUCAGCUUAAUUAGAAACAGGAGUUGGUAAAGCCUCAGAUCACUUCAGCUUGUGAAGCUGUUGUUCAUCCUUAUAAAACACAACUAAAGUCAUUCUAACCCAAAACACCGCAGCCAGUACAUUUAGUGAACAUACCAGGUGUGUUGUGAACAGCAUAUCAUGAAUAAAUUUGAUGUAGAGUCUCAACUAAUAUGGUAUGAUUUCUGUUUAUUCAUUUCCUAUAAAGGAAUAUCUCCAGCAAGUGCUUUUAUACUCGCAGCUUAGAAUUUCAUAAGACAGCUUGAGUCAGCCAGCAGGAAAGUGAACGAUUAAAUGCCAAAGAAAAAUGCUUUAAUAGCUCUGCUGUUAUCACAGCAAGAAACCCUCCUAAUGGAUACAUUUUUGAAACUCAAGCCAUUACGGAAAAUUCUCAUGUAAUGUUAUAAAAGACACGCUUUAGGCUCUUUUUGGAGUGUUGACCCUAUAGGGCUCUAAUGGUGGCUCAAUACGUGGCUGGAGUGAUCAGACUUACAUCAGUGGGAGAGUGUGAAGUGAGACUUGAAAAAUGGGCUCAGGGUCUAAAAGUUGUCUGAGCCAGGUUUUGAAGAGAUUUAUGAAAUCUGUGAAAAAGUGAGUCUUUGUGCCUCUGAUUUUAUUCAAUGUGACAUAUUAGACAUAUAUAUAUUUCCUUUUUUAUUGUAUCUGCUUUUGUGACAAAUAGGAAACAAACCACUCCAGCCUUCUCCAGCAAACUGUUUAAAAUAAUACCAUGUCAAUGCCCUCAGAUAUAUUGUUAAAUAUUAUAAGUGUUCUUUGUAACAUAGUCUAGUCUUGAGAUUUUAUUACACAGCAGAUAAGACACAUGCAUUUUUGUGUGUUUCCCACAGUUUCUGACCAAUCAUUUGAGGUCUGGAUCAAGCGGUGUGAAGAGCUGAUGAGUGGUAAGUAACUGAAAUUAAACCUCCAUCAUAACUUUUAGUUUUCAUUUUUGAGAGCUACUGUUGAUUUGUAAUCCCUGUAAAUUUUCAGAGCUUAAAAAAGUAGACACACAUUGGUUUUCUGCAUUGUCUUGCAAUGACAAUGCAAGAUUAGCUUGCAUUGUCAGCUAACAACAGAUCUGAAACUAUUUCACUCAAAUUAACACAGAAUGAUCACAGACUGAAGAUACGCUGAUACUCCCUGUGGGAAAGAAAAACCUUUGAAUGUUGCAAAAACACACAGAGUCUGUCGGCGGAAAGCUGCUGGUUUCACGCAGCAAGUGGAUUUUACAUUGAGUUGUAACGUCCUGCUGUUCAAUGUUGAGCUGUUAUCGUAAAUGCAUAACAAUAUUGUGUUGUUUAUUUGGACCAUUCCCAUCUCUUGUCCACCAUGAGUACUUUCCUGACUCCUUGGUUGCAGUCUGUUCACCUCUGAUGAUAUGUGAAGUGGUUGUUUUGCAAGGCAGACAGAAGUAAGUGGAAGGUAUCAACAAGGGAACUGUUGAAGCUCCUGUCUGGAGUUUUAAGACACAAAUGAGAUGGACUGAAAUUCAUAUUGAUGCCUUUUUAUGAUCUUCAAAAGCAAAUAAAACCAUCCUUUACGGCUUGGCGAUAAACCAAAAAUUUACCAGUACCAAAAUUUACGACAAAAACCAACGUCAUUUUGCCCAUAUUGAUAUAUUCUGUGUCAAAAAAUCAAAUCAAUAAAAGUUGGUUUUGGAUGUGUGUAGGUAGAUUAUGGUCUCAUGUCCCUUUAAGAUGCUGUCCUACAUCAGAGACAUGACUCCACCUCAUCUAACAAAGAGGGAGGGGCAGGUGAGGAGAUGGAGGACGGUUCAAAAGUUGUAGUGGCUGGAGCUGCGGCUGAAGUAGACAAGGGUAAUGUGGGAGGGGGUGAGCAGCUUGUGGAGUUGUUAUCGUCCAUUUAUCAUUAUUUAGGUGAACUGCUCAAUAUAUCAUGAUAUUGAUUUAAGGCCAUAUCGCUCAGCCCUACAAGAUUGCCGACUUUUUGUAUCGACAUUUUUAAUGGCUGAAACUGGAGCGAGGCGUUGGGUUUCAGCAGAGUAACUGAAGGAAAAGCCUGUUUUUAUCAUUUACACAAAGUCUUUACAUUAAAUCGUUGAUUUGAUCAUCUAAGGCAGCAGGAUUAGAUUUUCAGAAGACACAGCUGAAACAUAUAGAUGGAAAGAUAAGAAAAGACUUGAUGCAGGGGGCACUUAAAUGGACAUAAAAAUAAACUUUGUCACAGGACCUUCAAGAGAAAAAGCAAAUAAUGUCAUUAGCUCAAACUGGAUGGAACCAGUUCUGAUCUAGAACAGGCUUUUGAUCCCCACUCUGCUUGUUUGUUAAAAUGUUAUAAGGUACGGCAUGGUUGCAUAUAAUUUCUCAUGGCUGUUAAUAGUUCCACCAAAGUUUGAUGCCUCAUGAUCCAUUUCCAGUUUCCCUCUAACUUGUGUAAACUCUUUUCCCCUGCUUUCAAACGCUGAAGCAAACGGAUCAGUCAGGGAGCUGAUCGGUCCGUCUGAUCAAACAAAUAAGCUCGCACACAUCCAUGAGUCUACACUGUGAGUUCAGGCAGAGCUGCUUAUUCCAAUAAAAGAUGCAUGCCGUGUCUGGGCGGUGUGUUUCUGUCUGCCGCUGACGCCGAGGCCCUCUGGAUCAUCUCAAGUAAACAAGAGCAUGAGUUUUGACAAACACGCUUCACACCCGCGUGCACACGUACUCCCAGGGGCUGUAUGAUUCAUCAGAGUUAACGUUACUGAUGUUUGAAAGCUCCCGAUGAGACUCAGCCCCCUUCAUAGCCCGCGCUCAGACUGCAUCUACGCACAAACACAAACGCACAAACAAACACACACACCAGGGUGUAAAUAGCCCCUCCCUGUAAAACUUGAAAAUACCCUACUUGAGCUUGCUGACACCGGGGGCAGUCGCAGAGUGUUUCUCUUGGUGACAGUGUGUUUACAACCCACAACACACAAACACACACCUGGUUAUGCCAUCACAUGUGGCUCCCAGCCUGUUUAAAAAUACACAAACACAGAUACACACAGUCUGCUCCCUCAAACAGCCCCCCUCCUCUCUAUUUCAAACGCGACCUCGUUAAGACGACAUUAACACGCCUCCCAUCAUCUCAUGUCUCUCUCUCUGAGAUGAAGUCAGUGAAUAAUGUAUGAUAGCACGCUGGUAAAUGGUGAUCAGGCUUACAGGGGCUCACGGGGCUUUUAAGAGGACACGGAUGAACCAGUAAACAAAUGGGGGCAAGGAUGGGAGAGUAUGUGGAGGGACAUCCUGUGUUUGUGUACCUUAUCAUCCAAGCUGAAGUUCUGCACAUACAUUCAUUCAUUCAGAGUGUUUCAGAAAUGACCGCUCAAUCCAGGUUGUGUUUGAGGUGUGUUAUAUUUUUCCUGACCUGCUGCACUUUUUCCUCUCCUCUUUCCAGAAAGGACACAGAUCGGCAGCAGCAACGGGGUGAGUUUCCCUGCUGAGUCACAUGGGGGCAGUGUUGCUCCCAGCACCAGAACACCUAUUCAGUCGUGAAUAUCUGGUCUCCUUCCUGAAAGAAGGCAGUAUUACUGAGCUUUUCUCCUUUUUUCUCCCUUCCCUCUGUUUUUGUUUUAUCCCUCUGCGUUAUCACCGCAUCCACACGCCUAAUUGCUUCCUGACUCGGGGGCUUCAUGACCCUGCAGGCACCUAUGGUUCCACCUGUGAAGUAAGUGCGCAAAUGUAAAUAUGCCUUAUCUGUUCUGUGUUUUUAAUGAUUAUUUUAUUUGUUUUUACCAGCCUAAUUAAAAAAAAACUAUCAUUUUUAACUUAACACUGACAUACAUCUUAAUGAGCCGCGUUUUAUUCAUGAAACAAACUGCUGUGCUCAGGUGGAGUAGCAGCGAAAGAAAGAAACCGUCUAAAGCUGCCUGUUCUGUUUUGUUUUUGUGUCUUGCAGACAUGACUGGUACCAAACAGAGUCUCAGGUCAUCAUCACAGUUAUGGCUAAAAAUGUACCCAAGGACGGGGUGUGCGCCAACUUCAUGGAAAAAGAGGUAGAAACACACUUAAGUGUGGAGUCGAAGUGAAGACAGGCUGUGUUUUGUGUCUUUGGGUUUUGUGUAGAACAGAGAUGGGUUAGCUUUUGGGCGUUUCCUCAGGGGGGCCCAUUAGAUGGGUCUCACACUCACACACAUCCAGACACACAACCUCCCCAUGGACUUAACUAUGCCUCCAGUGGUGCCUUGUUAACAUUGCCCCCAAAGUACAGAUCUAAGAGCAAUUUACCCUCCCCAGCUUCUCCAACCUCCUAAUUGUCUGUAGAUAGAAGACAUAACUGAUCUAGGAUCAGCUUCAGAGCCCUCCAGGGACGACCUCCUUUCUUUCCCUUUUCUCUUUUCCUUUGUCUCCUUCCACUUGUCUUUUUCCCUCUCAGAGGGGUAACUGCAGGGCACCCCAGGGAACGACUUUGUCUUUCCUAAUAGAAUAACAAACUGAGUUUACCCCAUUUCAAAAGAAAUAGUUCACUCUCUCCGAUCCACACAGUCACUCGUUAGGCUCUGUGUAGUGGGGAGUACGGAUAAGUUCAUAUAUUUUUUACUAGGUCAGUAUGUACAAAAGAAAUUAAAGAUGAAAGGCAGUGGUUCCAGUUAUUUUCCCUGGCGACUGAGCGUGUGUACCUACAGCCGGUGCAGGAAUUCAACUAGAAAUGAAUAUUAAAUCUUUGAUGGUUUUGUGGAAUUGCCCAAAAGCUACUUUAUCUAACUUUCUAAGCUUUUAUCCCCGAUGUUCUACUUCUUACAUACAUUUGAAGUCAAAUCAGAAAAGUCCAGUUUUAAUGAAGUGGUAGGUGUUAAAUCUCAGCCAUCCACACGUUAAAGCCACGAAGUGUGGAGAGGAGCUGUUCCUCAGGUGGGCAGAUUGUAGUGCUUAGGCCAAGCGAUGAGUGUGUAAGGAGUGUGAGGCUUUGGGCCACAGCCAAAGACAUGUCCCUCCAAACCAAACCAAGGCGCCACUCACCCAUCCACCCAGCAUCCAGUCUCAGUGAGUGACAAGCGGUUAGGAGCUGUCUGACCCCGCCACCACCGGUCACUAUGUGGCUGCAGGGGACAGAGUGAGGAUACUCCUGGCUGUCACAGCAGCCACAUCAGAUCACUUUCCUCCUCGCUGACACCUUCACACAUUCACUCCUUCGCUUUUUAUUUGUUUCGUUCUGUUUUUUGUUUUUUUUUAAAUAAUAAAUUGCAGAUCAGUUUUAUUCUAAUGCCCCUGCCCUGACUCUGUUUAAUUUUUCUCUAACAAAAACAAUGCUGCAUUCAAAUGGGGUCAGGAAGACUGCAGCGAAACAGUUAUAAUUUUAGUGGAUGUGAGCAGGAUGGUGUGGCUAACAGAAGACUGGCUAUGCCUACAGAAGUAGAAGGAAAUAAUUGUAGUCUGGACCACACUGAGCUUAAAAUGUUGACGCAACAAAACACUGCCUCUCUAAAUGAAGAGACGAUAAAAUACAAACUACAAUAACACAAUUCUUCCUUCAUUGUCUGUCAUCUUAAAUUAUCCUUGGAAUCAAUGAAGUAUCUGUCUAACUCUUAUCUACAGCCCUUUUCAUACGGAGAGUCUACAACAGCACCGUAACACAGCUCUUCCGUUAUCACGCCUUCAUGCUUUUAUAUUGAUCCUGCAAUGGCGUAUUAUUGGCAUCCUAAUGUGUGAUUUCACUUUGAAUUACGGCGCUGUGGAAGUACGAGAGCGAGUCUCACAGCUGGAGCUUCACAUUCACACAUUCACACACUCACACAGUGUUGUUUUGCUCUACUGGCUCAGAGUGAUCCCGUCUCCUCCGUAAUGACUCUGUUACUACACCAUUUCUGGCACAUUGAUGAGACGACUUGAACUUGCAAUGAGAAAAAGUUUGCGCCCAAGACAAAUUUGCGACCUUUCAUUUAAGCAAAGUUUUAAAUAUUUGAUUAAAAUAUCUUUAAAACUGCUUUUUGAAGCUGCAUGUGUCAUUAGAAUAACUACAUGAUGAAAACUGUAUUUAACAACUUUAUUCCAUCCUUGUUUUUAAUACAACACCACUGAAAGCAACACGUUGUUAUUAAAGAGUCUUUGGCUGUGCUGUACCAACAUUUUGGUGAUUUUCUUGUAGCUUCAAAAAGCUUUGAGGAGUUGAAGGUUUUGCUUAAGCCAAGAGCACCCUAAAAGAUGUUUGAAAUUUCAACCUCAUGAAACCCCAAUCAAGGUGACGGACAAAUACAGAUUUAACUGUUUUGUUCUUAUGAUCUGUGGGUCAUAAUGAUUGGGCCAACACACCACACAUGAUUCUUUUCUCAAGCAAAAAGAGUCUUCACUCUCACACUCUGCUUUGCAAUCUGGUUCUUCUAUUGCAGUCACUAUUUCUGUCCAGCUCCUCUCCCUGCCAGUUUAUUUGAAAUGUGUGCUACAAGACACUCUGUAGAAACACUCGUGUUAUUGCCACAAAUCAUCAAGUUGGUCCUUCAGUUCUUACACUCCACAUUUACGACAGCAUACAGAGUGCAGACUCAGCUGUUCUUGGUGUUCCCCCUCAUUCGACAUGAUUUCUGAUCAUAAAUAUUAAUCAUGUUUAAUAUUUACAAUUUAUGCAGCCAAGAUCGUCUUCCAAGAAGAUAGAGGGGAAGAAAAAUUACUCUUACUACACCACACUUCAAGAAAAUCUAGCAAGAUGAUCCUAAAAACCAUCAGAUAAUCUGCACUGGAUUGUACCAGCUGUGAGUGAGUUAAAACUCUGCCAUGAACUUCUGAUUUUGGAUGGAGUUUACGAAACUUUAUGGUUGCACCAGCUGAGAUAGUUUUAACACAAGUGUGAGUGACAAUUUGAAUCUGACAACUUGAUCUGAGUAGGUGAAAAGUCCUCCGAAAAUACUGGUCUUUAUGGCAUAUAAAGAUGGGUUAUAUUGGAAGAGGACAAGGAGUCCAGAAUUGAACUCACUGCUUUGGGCAGGCAGUGUUUUAUGCAAUAGAGUACUGUAAGGAGUACCACUGUAUAAAAUAAAUAUGUUAUAGCUGAUGCACCACCACAUAUAACCAUUGUAAUGUUACACUAAAUAUUAAUUACCAUUUUUUCAUAAUGCUGUUUUUUAUUCACAUUUCUUUAGGUUAGUGUCAACUUUACAGUCUACUCAUUCAAAUGAACCUCAUGACCUAGUGGUCCAACCAAACAAGUACAACUGAAGUUACCACUUAUCUUGUCUGAAUGUAAGGUUUGAUACGGACUUAAUGUCUGGACUUGAGAUGCAACUUAUGCACAUAUGGUGCAACAGGCCCAAAUAGGCUCCUUUACCUUGUUUAUAUCGUUGGCAGUUAAAUCAAGUGCUCAUAUUCAGAGACUAUUGUCUUUGAAGUAUGUGGCUGUGGUUCUAACUAAGGAUCGAUCAACUUUUAAAAUUUUAUUAUUUUUUUUUUUUAGGGCCGAUACCGAUACCGAUUAUUAGUCAUUAAGAAAACCGAUAUUUAGAACUGAUAUUCAUUUGCAGGAAAAAAAAUUAUAUUUUGGUGUUAAAAUUUUAGACAACAUACCUGGGAUUAGACUGAACACAGUACACUGUUUGUUUUGUACUCUAUGAAAAUCUGUGUACAAACAAGACAGUACAAAGAUGAGGCUAACUGUUUUUGGCUGUGGUGCUAAUUUUAGAGGUAGCUGUGUAAGAGCAAAACAAGCGAGUGUUUUAGAAUAAACUUGUUUUAUCAGCUAUCGGUUGAAAAAAUGUCUGAUGCCGAUUAUUGUAAAAAUGCUGAAUACUGGCCAAUAUUAUCAGCCAUGCCAAUUAUUUGUUGAUCCUUAGUUCUAACCCAUGGCCCUGUUUUGCAUGGCAUCUCCUAUUGACAAGUCUCAUCCUGUUUUAACCAUCCAAUCUCUUUCAAAAGUUGAGUGCAACUGUUGUCAGAGUAGGGCUGGGCAAUAAACCAAAAAUUUACUAAUAUCAAAAUUUACAACAAUAAUUGACGUUAUUUUGCCCAUAUCGGUAUAUUCGGUGUCAAAAAAAAGGAUAGAUAAAAGUUGGUUUUGAAUGUGUCCGGGUAGGCUAUGUUCUCAUGUCCCUGUCUUACGUGACUCCGACCCAUCCAGUCUGUAACAAAGAAGGAAAGACAGGUGAGGAGAUGGAGGACAGUUCAAAAGUUGUAGCAGCUGAAGUAGACGAAAUUAAUGUGGGAGGGGGUGAGCAGCUUGUGGAGUAGUUGUCGUCCAUUUAUCGUUAUCGAGGUGAACUGCUCAAUAUAUCAUGAUAUUGAUUUGAAGCCAUAUUGCCCAGCCCUCUGUCAGAGUGAUAAUCUUGUUUGAUUUGAGCAAAGUUUCUCAGCCUUGUACUCUACUGUUUGACCCAGUUGUGUUAUGCUUUCUACUGUUAUAUUUUCUGUUGGGGAAAUGUCCCUGUGCAUGCUGUAAUUACAUCAACACACAUCAGUUACCAUUUGAAGAAGACUGUACUCUCUCCAGUAUGUGCCACAGACCCAGCCCCCACAUUUUAACUGUACAAAGUAGUCAUGUUAAAAGAAAGAGAGAGAGAUAGAGGGAAAAUCCCCUACUGUGAGGUGUGUGUGAGAGCCAGAAAUUUCCUGAAAAUCUGUCCUGAAAUACUCUACAAAAUGCCAGGAGUUAAUGCCGUCGACUGAGAUUUGAAACUUAACCAACCCCUGGUGUUUGUGUUCUCUCCCAGCUCUCUUGUUCAAUUCGUCUGGCAUCAGGGGAGAGCUACAACCUCAGCUUCCUUCUCCUACACUCCAUCAUCCCCCAACAGAGCAGCUUCAAGAUCCUCAGCACCAAGGUAUCACCCACUGUACCUCACGACAAACAUAUUAAGAUGGCUUGACAUGUUACUUCAUGGACAUUUCACAACGGCAGAUAAGACACACGAAACAGAAAGGAACUGUGUAUGCUUAAGGUGCAUUUAGAGGCGUACCAACGAAUCAAUUAGCUGCAGCAGGCAGACAAAACACUGUCACCUCUUCCUUGCAGGGGUUAGCAUGCUGGAUAAUAUAAGCUGAAACUAAGGAGAAAUGUUGCUGCUAGGAUACAUUGAAUUAUAGUCAUGUAAUUUCUAGAGAGAGUUUAAUUGAAUUGUAUUUAGGUCAAGGCAGAGUCAGGAAAUCUCUUCUUUUUCUUUAAAUUCAAAAAUGAAUCACUCUACAGAUUGUGGUGUGUAUCCGGUUGUGCACGUACAGUAAUAUUAGAAGGCGGUUUUCAGAUGUGUUUCUCUGCAGUAUGUUGUGUUGUUGUGGAAUGUUAAAACUGUUUACCACUUUAAUACAUUUCUGUAACUGGAAAAACAUAAACAAACAUUUUUAGGUCACAGAGGCACUCCGACUAAGUUUGUGAAAGUCAAUGAAAAGUCACUGAAUUUUUACUCAUAAUCAGAGGGAACACUGCGUCUAGCCUUGACGUGCUGGUAGUUACUCUCAACAAUAAAGAAGAAGACUAUAAAACAUGUCAGGGGGACAUUUUUUAUGCCCCUAUAAAGAAAAUAUGAUGUAGUAAUGUCACACAGUGGAGGGAUGCAGGUGCUUUAAAAUGGGAGCUGCAGAUGACAUGAAAAAAUCUCUUUAAUCCUGGUUUUUCAAUGGUUUACAGAGUAUUGAUUAUUGUUAGGAAUUACUUUUAAUCUUAAGGUAAAAUUAAUAUUGGGUACUCAAAGAAAAAUGUCAAGAAGAAAAUCAUGCAGCUGAAUGUGUGACUGAUCAUUCCUUAAGUUAGCUCGCUGAGAUUAACAUCAUAAUCUCUUCUAUAAUUUAAAGCAGUAUAAAGUUGGCUGUCACUACCUUUAAUUCCUUAAUGCUGCUAAAGCUCACUGUGGCUGGAGUAGAAAUGAGAAAAUCCACUCACGCUGUAUCCAGUGAGACUCCUGUGGAGACACCAGAGCAGUUCAUCUGAACAGCUAACAGGAGAUCCACACAUAUGCACAAAUCCUCACUCCCACACCCACACACUUACUGUACACACACUGUGCACACACAUUUAUCAAGGCCAUGCUCUGAGAGAGUUCCUCAGCUCAGUUUAAGGUGAUUAUGGGCCUAAUGAGUGGGAAGGGCACCUUUUUUUUUAAACUAUGGACUAAUUAGUGUGUAUUCUGGAUGGUGUGGGCUAAUGAGUGUGCAGGCUGAGUGUGUGCAGAUUCAAGGUUUAGACCACUGUCAGGUCUUAGCCUCAGCGGAUCAGGAAGUUCUCAGUGUGAGCUGUUUUGAUAGAUUUUUUUUAAUGGUUAAUCGUUUUAAAGGCACUGAUCCAAUCCUGUCUGGCAAAUAGAGUUCAACUAAAAACUCUGCUUUCUUCCUCUGGAUCCUGAGUUUGUUCAAUUAAAAAAGAAAAAAAGUUAAAGGGAUAGAGAGAAAACUAAAACUACAUCCAUUAUUUGUUAUUGUGACUGCGUUAUUAUUAACAACUGAUUACUGUUUACUGUAUUAUUUGACAGGGGGCAGCCAUGACACAAAUGUUGGUCUGAAGUGGCCUUAAAAUGUACAACAUACAAAAGUAUGUCUCUUUUUACUCGUUGAAGAGUAGUGUCGACAGUAGUAUUGAAAAGUAUUUGUAUCAAUAAGCAGUACCGUUAGUGGUACUAGUAUCAUAGCUAGUAAUGAUACCCACCCUAUCAGGCUUCCUUCCAUCAGUUAAAGCCGUUCAACUUCCAGGUAAAAGCCUGGACCAAAGAGAAAAUCGAUCCUUAACAGCAGGACUGGUAUGGUUGUCUUUGACAUUGUGCACUUCCAGUUGGACAAGGGUUAUGGAGAAGAAAACAACAAUGACAAACAUGAAGACAAUGAAGUAGUUAUUAAUUAUAUUUCUGUUAAAAAGUGGCGAAAUCGUGGGCUGCGUUACGGAUGUAGAGCAGUGCCGACAUAAAAAUAUUCCUCAACAUAUGGACACAGAAUUACAUUUUUCACAGUGUGAUGUUAUGUUGUUCAAAUUGUUGCCUUUACUGCCUUCACCAUUUUUGGUGAUACUGCAACAUUAAGUCUGUGUCCACAAGCUUGCAGGAAGUGCAGAAAUACAGAAGACAUGAAUGUAGUGUGUAGAGAAAGGGAUUCGUCUGCAUCUGUAUAAGUAUCUAACGUAGCGCCUAAAUUAGCUUUAAGCUACAGCUACUCCCAAAAUAACUAAAACAUAACUCUGAAAACUUGCACAACUUCUUCAUAGGACAGAUUCUGGGGAGAAUUAUUCAAAGAAACUCCAAGAAUCAUCAGAGGAAAGCUGCUGUGAGGAGCUUUUGAUAUGAAUGAAAUAGACUGAAAUUCUUACUAAUGUCUUUUUAUGAUAUCCAAACGCUAACAAGGCCAUUGACACAGGACUGACAAUUUGUAUGCUUUCAUUUUUAAUGCCUGAUACUGGUUUGGCCGAGCUGCUGGAGAAACAGACCUUUUUUUUUUAACUAUCCCCUUAUAUACAUUCACAAUAGAUGAUAGAUUUGACUGGAAUAAGUCAUCAGGAUGAGAUGUUAUGUCAAAAGACACUACUCAAACAUAUAGAGAAUAAAAUAAGAAAGGACAACUCUGUCCAGAGGGGGCACCAAAAGUGACACAAACAGAAAGGUCCUUACAGGAGCUUUAAGUAGAAAUAUUGGUGUUUAACUUGGUUUUGCUGACAUCCAUAAACGUACUGCUGAAAUUGUCCAGAUUUUAUUGAUAUUAAGCAUAUGAGUUCACUAAAAGGAAAAAGAGAAACAGAAAAAAUGUCGAUGUUGGCACUUUUGAAUAAAUUUCUAAUGCUGGCACAGAAGGUUAAACAGUUAAAACGCGCUCUUUAGUUUGUUUCAGAGUCAGGCAGCAGGAGGUCAGAAAAGGCAGAGUUUAAUCACCAGUGCUGGACUUUUCCACCAUAAAGAGCCUCAGAAUUAAAAAAAAAAAAAAGAAAAGAAAAGCUUGAAAUUUGAUUAUUAGCCUUACAUAAGCUGACGUUUACAUUGUGUGCAUUUUAUCCGCUGGCUACACUGUGCCGAGCAGAGGCUGACCUGCACACAAACUGCCUGCUCUCCAAACAGCACUCACUCUCACUCGCAGUCUCACUUUUCCAUGGCAACAGCAGACACUGCAUACCAGAGGUGCACGUGGGCUGCAGCUUAAACAAGGGCUCAGUCUUAGAGAGACCACAGCUGAGGACGGUCUAACACUCUGUUUCAUCUAUCUGCAGCCGCUGUUUCCCUCCUUAUUUACCUUCUUUAUCUUUGUUUUUUCAAUCUCUUAUAACUCAGACACACACACACACACACACACAUACACACACACACUGUUCUGCUCUCAUACAAACACACAUUCAUCUGCCUCUAGAGAGAGAGAGUAUACAAACCCUUCUCCCCUCCCACAAAGCCCUGACUGUUCCCUGGUCCACUGGGCUCCUCUGGUACAAAUGGCCCCUACACACACACACACACACACUCACUCACACACACACACACACAAUUACACACCACCAAGCUUAUAAGCCUUCACUGUUAACUGCAGCAUUUAAAAGGCUCAAAACAGCAAUAAGGCACAUAACCCUGGUCGAAGUCAUCAGGUGGAAUGUGUGUGCGCACCAUGAGAGACCUCGACAAACUGAGCCGCCUGUCAGUGCGUGUCUCAUUUACAUAUUUUGGAACUGUUUCAUUUUUCUGAAGCCAAGAAGCCACUGGGGGGGAAAAAAACAUUCAAAUGAACAACAGCAUCAGCAAAUCAACUUUCUCCAGAUUGGCAUGCAUCCCUAAUGAGCGUUUAGAAAAAAAAAUUGCAUUGCCCUCGGAGCUGUUGAUUCCCAACCAUCGUCGGUCUGUCUGUCUGUCUCUGUAAUAGGCUGCCCUGCACUCGGCGCUCCACAAUGUUUACGCUUCAUCUCCUCGCUGUCUUUAAAGACAACUUAGUAGGGGGAGGCUAAGCCGUCCGAGCACACACACACACACACACACACACACACGAAGGCUAAACAGUAAUCUUUCAACACACUCAUGCCAUUUACACAAGUAUUUGCUGUGUGUGUGUGCGUGCGUGCAUGUGUGAGUGAGUGUCGUCUGUAGCACAUUAUCGUCAGUGCGACCUCCUCCUGUCCUCCAUGACGACAGACAUUCCAACCGCAGGGGUCACAGCGACAACAGGGAGCCAAUUACACACCAGUGUGUUUGAUCAGAACAGACGGCUGACGAGCACACACUCAAACCCCGUGCGCGCAAACGAAUUCAGCGCAGUUUCGAUCAACACGCGCUCCUUCAUUCAGCUCGAAACUCAUCUCUUUUUGGAAAACAGCUAAAGUGGCGUCUCCGCUCUUUAAUUUGCACGCCUGUCAAUGUCUAAGAAUGUUUAUAUUUAUUUCAUUUCCGUGUCUUUCUGGCCGAGUUUGUUUUGAAAUCCGCAAUAUCUCGAAAAAAGGGGUGGAGGAUGCGGGGUGAGGAGUCGUGUCAGUUGGGAGCGGGAGGGGGUCGAUGGGUACAAACACAUGUGACAAGCGACAUGGGACCCCACUGCCCCUCUGUAAAUAGCAUGUGUGUGCGUCCGCAUGUGUGUCUGUGUGUGUGUAGUGCAGAUUGUACAGUCCAGCCCCUGGGGUCCUGUGGGUGGUGGCCCCUGUAUGUGGCUCUGCUGUCACAUCCCUUCACGAGCCGUUGCCUCGCCUGUCACACACAGAAAAGCACACAGAGAGACACACACACGGCGCCUGGCCUGCCAUAUCCCUUAAAAGCCAGGAAACACAGAUGUGGCAGCAGAUUAAUGUUGUAUGGCCCAGGAGCACGCAUACACGCACACACACUUUGACACACACGCAGCGGAGCCUCCAGAUCUGCUGCACUACACACCGCACAAACAUUAAAGACAAUUAACGGCCCCUGCAACACUGGCUGGUAAUUUUAAGAUAACAUUUAAUUUGGGUGGUCUGCAAUUUUUAGUCCUGUGUUUUUGGUUCCUAGACUUUCUGUAAUCAAUCACAAUCAAGUCAAAACACAACAGCCAGACAGGCUGCCUUAUUAAAACAGAAAAAUUAAACUCUACAAGCUGGAUAGCUGGACCUAAAUUAGAGUAUGUGUGUAUAUGUUUAUUAAAGUGUAGAGGGAAAAAAUCUAUAAACACAUUAAAAAAAAGAAAACGCUCUAUCAUUCUGAAUAGCAAUUAGCAGCAUUUGUCAGCCCAGAGAAGUUCUGGUAAAUCCACAUUUUGAUCCAGACUGGAGUCUUCAAAGAGAGCCUGAGACCCCUAACAGAGCUCAAAGCAGCACCCAGUCCAACACUGCAGGUGCACCUGUCAAAAAACCACAACAAUUAUUUGAUACACCAACAGGAGCUGUCUCAGAAAAUCAAUAGAAACCAGUUUAUCAGAUACAAACAGUCACCGCUGAUGAACAGGGCUUAACAGUAAAAAGUUAAAUCAGAGAUGGAGUUCGGUGAUGUGUCCUUAAUAAUUUAACAACACCACAUGUUAAUGUUCUGUGCAACUCUUACUGUAUAUCUUUGGCAUGUGUAUUGGCAGAGUGUCAGAGCACAACAACACAAUGAGCAUCAGCCACCUUAACCACUAAGAGGGAACCAACAUGAUGCACAGCUUAGUGUUGUUGUAUAUUUACAAUCUUUCAGGAGGUUGGAUUAUGCUUUCAUGUAUUUUGUAAGCAUAUAUUUAGCCGAAAUGUUGGAUGCUGAUACUAAACCUUGGUAGAGUUUCAAAGUGUGAGUCUAGCUUUGAUGAGACAGCAGGCUGCUCUGACAGAAAUGUUUGAAAAGUCACAUCAGACUUCUGUGAGUGGGACACGAGAUUAGCUCAAUUCCUGACAUCACCAAUUGGUGAUUCUUCUUUCAAUGUAAUUUUAACAGUUCUAUAGUGUGUUGCUUGAAAAUUUCUCCCUUUUAAAUCCUUUUAGGUUGUACUUCAAUUCUUGACAUACAGCCAUAUUUUAUGAUGUUUCAUUCUAGGUAGAGACACACAACUUUUUUUUGCAUGGCAACAGUGGAGGAGGCUUCUGAUAGCUAAAAUGAAGCAUGCCAUACAAAGGCUGAAAUUAAGGUUUUUUAAGACACCAGUCUGAUAAGUAAAGCUUUUUUGAGCUGUAAACUGCGCAAAGCUACUAUAGAGCUAUCAGACUGACCUGAAAACAAACAUAAUAUCCCCCUCUCUAAAGUCUGAGUCCACACUGAUUUGAAUGGAGUAAAAGCAGCUGCUCGGGCCUUUAUGGUUUAAAAAAUGAAAGAGAGCCGACAGGCUGAGUUUGAUUAUGUGCAUCAAGUCGACUGACUCUUAUAAUUUUCUAUUGAGAGCUGGAGAUGUGGUCAAAUGAUGCAUGAUUGAUAUGCUGUGGUGAGUCGACAGGCUGUUUGCUAUAUCUGAAUUUACAUAAACACGGCUGGACCUCUACUUUAUGCAAAUAAGUCUAUUCAGCUCGAUGCGCCUGGCUCUCAAAACUCAUAUUAAACUGUCAAACUAGGCAGUGCUGAUCAAAUAUGAAUCACAAAUCUGUCACCGCAUUUUCUUUUAUCACCCAAAAUAUUUUAGGAACUUCAUUUUUCAAACUUUUUAACUGUGACACAAAAAAGUUUGUGCACAGCGUGCUGUUCUGUACUUAUCUAGAACAGAAAGCCUGUUUAAUAAGGCUGCACAUCAUGUUGUAUCUUCAUUAUUUAAGAUGUUCAAAUAUAUUUGAUGAAUGUUCAUCCAAAUGUUGUACACAGGAAACAUUUGUCCUGUACCAGCUGUUUGCAUUCACACUAAGCAUGUGAACAUUUGGCCUUUCAUACAUGUAUACUAUACACUAUACUAAGAAAACAGAAAAAUCAAAUAAGUAAGAAAUGAAAAUGCGAUAUAUAUAAAGAAUACAGAUGUAAUCAAACUUUUGGUAAAUUAAGUAUUUGCAAUAGAAAGUGAGAUAUAACGCUCUUAACAUUUGCACCUUACAAUUACUACAACUACAGCUACUGCUAUGACUGCUACUGCUUCCAAUCCUCUGUCCUCCUGUUACCCCACCUCCUCCCCAGAGAAGAGUUAUACAGUCUGAUGGCAUGAGGGACAAAGGAGUUUUCGUCUGUCGGUCCCGCACCUGGAAAGGAGCAGUCUGCCACUGAACAGGCUCCUCUGGUUAAUGAUGACGGUGUGCAGAGGGUGACUGGCAUUGUCCAAUAACGUCUGGUAGUUUGUCCAUAGUCCUCUUUUCUGCCAUUGUCACCAGAGAGUCCGGCUUCAUGCCAGCCGCAGAGCCGGCUCGUCUGAUCAGUUUUUCCAGCCUAGAUGUGUCCUUCUUGGAUGUGCUAACCCCCCAUUAGCUGAUGCUCAAGCUUCCUGUCAGCGAGAUGGCAGAAAAACAGGAGAAGAGUGAAGAGAAUGUUGUCAAAGAGCCCAACUUCUGCCAUUUGGAAUUAUUUUCAGAAGACACAGUUUGAUACAAAUACACACAAAACAUUGAUACUGUGCAAAACAUGUCCAAAACAGCAAGACACAGGAGCUGUGGAGCUAAUCCUUUCUCACUGAGUUUGUUAAGCACUCUUAAUAUCUUUAUUCUGACUCCUCUUUCAUACUGCAGGAAGUUGUUAUCCGUUCAACUGUGUUCACAUUGGAGACAAUCUGUUCAAAGCAGAAAUCUAUUGAUCAGGUUUAUUCAUAGGCUGCUCAAUGGCAUUGUGAAAUUGUCCAAUGACUGGGCUUGAGACCAAUGAAAAAUAAACAUAUCAUGUCUGCAGACACUGCAGGCAGUCCUGUCAAUGUAGCUGCGAUCUAGCAACAUCAACAUACCUUUGAGUGAUCAAUUGUCAAAUGACAGCAGAUCGCAGUUACUCACACGUGUUUAUCAGUUACUCUACUAUAAUAAAUGGAUUUUGAUAUUUCCAUAGGCAUAGAUAUGUCAGUUCUGACAUCUGUGUUAAAGCCUAAUUUUUUGUUUAUUAAAUAAAUUAACUCAAUAUCCAUCUGAGAUAGAUUAUAACAUUCACUAUUCAAUUAAUGGCUGUUAUAAUUAUAAAGCAGUUAUACUUUACAAAAACAAAAUAACCUGCUCCUUAUGCAUGCAUCGGUAUUGGCCACUAAAAAACUCAUAUCAAUUGACCGCUAGGUUUUAUCCAUUAUGUCUCCUGUUCAGUAUAAAGUACGGACAUAUAGGCAGUGAUGUUGUCCAUUGAUUUCUGAAGAGGUGUCAUGAAACCCAAAGAUGGGAAUGUUGACCUAACCUCAGUUUUCAGUCAACCUAAAAACAGGCCUCCUGUGCUUUUGGAGCCUGCCCCUGGUGGAAAUGCAGGAAACUACAGUUUUUCUGCACUUCUGCAUUCGCUCAGAUUUUCAUCACUGUAGGUUGUUACCUGGUUCCACCCAGGGCUCUGAGUGGGCUGAUGUUUUUAAGUACACAGUCCCACCACUUCCAAUAUCUAACCCUGUGCUUUCAGCAGCCAGGACCUGUCCCCACCCCGUUUAUACCACAGUUUCUCUUGGCAAUUGGUAAAACUACCAAAAAUGCAUUACCCAUGGUGCACUACCCAAGCCUUGUGUCUUUUUGCUUAUGAAAAAAACAGUUUUACUAUUCAAAAGCUUAACUUGUCUGGAAUGAUGGUUUUAUGUAUUCAAAAAUAGUGAUCCCAGUGUGACGUCAGAGGCUUGUGGGGGAAGAUGUCUGCUCUGAAUAAAGACAGAAUCAGGCUGUAGGCACAAACUUGAGAAAGAGUUAGCUGGUAUAUUCUUCUGAAGGCUGAUUGUGAACUAUUCGGGCAGUAACCUGUAUUCUCAGCAGAGAUCGGCUUUUUUUAGUUCCUCAGCCCAGCGCACUGCGAGCCAAAAAGUUAAUUUCGGACGCUGCACAGAUGUCUCACUGUGCACCAGGCCCUUUGUGGGGCAGAAAGCGCUGACACACACCGAAGCGAUCUAUCAGUGUGUGCCGCUACUCUGGCUUGCCCGUCACGUUGGUGGAGAAGGUAGCAGGGAUCACACCGUCUCUUACUUCUCUCAAUCUGCUCCCCUCACUCUUGCUUUGCUCCCUCUAACCUUGUCUUCUUCCUGGUUCCCUUUUCUCUGCUGGCACCCUCAUAAAUGAAUCAUCACAUCGCCCAGCGGAGCAGAAAUGUUCCUUAAUUGCACCGACAUAACCAGCACUGUCUUUCACAUGCACACAUAUCAAACACACAUGCCAUUAAUGGGUGGAUGGGGUGUACAUAAGGAGGGGGAGGAGGGGGAGGAUGGGGUCGGCGCGGCGCUACAGCUCGCAUGUCUCGCUGGUAUGUGUGCUGUCAAUGCUGCUCAGUGUUAAAAGUGUCCACGUCCUCUCUCCCCUCAUUGUUUUCCUGCUCUCCCAUGUUCUCCUGGUGUAAUGAUUUGGAUCAGACGCUGCUGUGUGGAAUUAGGAUCUCCCCCCCUCUCCUCCCUCUUCUCCUCCCUCUCUCCCCCGCUCCCGCGCUCCGUCUCUCACACUGGCCCUCUGGCUGACAGGCAUCUCGUUAGUGCAGUAUGUCUGUCAGUGAGGUUUGAGAUUGAGCUGUGCCCCCGCAUAUCCCUGAUGUCUCACACACACACACACUCACACACACACACACUCUGAUUCAGGCAGGCUGAGUUGACAGACAGACAGCGUCUCUCUGGCCUCAAUAAUGAUCUGAUGUCCUGUACUUUUAACAUGUCACUGUAAUGGAAGCGUUAUUUUUGUCCCAUGCCUAAAAGAGGACCAUUUUGCUAAACAUUGUUAUCUCCCUUGUUUUCUCUCCUCCUUUUCCUCCUGCCUCUUCUCCCCCCUCCUCUCCUUAUCGCCCCUCUCUUCUCGUCUAUCAGGUGGAGUUCAAAAUGAAGAAGACAGAUGCCAUCAGAUGGGAGAAGCUGGAGGGAGAAGGACAGGAGUCCAACAUCAAACACUUCAAUCCCAGUCAGUCCACAGCUUCAACAUUUCACGCUCCUCUCCUCCCUCCUCUCCACCACCACCUCCUGUCUUGGCUCUCAUCUCUCCUUUUCUCCUUCACCCCCUUCUUCUUCUUCUUCUCCGUUUCUCUCUCUUUCUCUCGCUCUGCAAAGAUCAAUAUGAGCUCCUGUGUUUGUCUGUUCGGCACUGAAAUGAGAGUGGGCAGUCAAGCCCUGCUGGAGUCUUUCAUUAGUCUGACGGUGAAAGUAGGCACAGAGAGGAAAGGUAUGACGGCGGAAUAUGACUCAGUAUUUUAGCCCACUCAGUCCCAUUACUGACAGGAUUAAUUACUUAUGUAAGUGUGCAUGGAGGGGGAGUGAAAGUUAAGUGGGCAGCCAAAACUCUCCAGCUCAGCCUCCAGAAAGGCCUGUUUUUAAGAGCCUGCUCAGAACUGAGAGUGCUGUUACGUUUCAACUCGAUAUUUGACAUCUGAUUUACUGGGAUCACAUCACGGUUUCUGUCCACACUUGGCCUGAAUAUGUCUGCUACUGUAUUUAUGUAAAUCUGCGUCUGGAUUACAUUCCUCGCCUCCCCUCUCCAUCUCUUGUUAGGAUUAUAAAGUGGGCGUAUUUCAUCCUGAAAAUAUAGAAAUCAAAUCACAAUGUGAUACUUCGGCUUUCAAGUCGAGCAGUCAGCUGCUGAGUGAGCAAAAGAAAUUCAUUUAAUGUCCCGCUGCAAUUAGAUGAUAAAAGUCAAGUUAUUAAGAGCGCUUUCAAUUAAAAAUGCAAUUUGAAACAUUAUGAACCAAGUACAUCUUCACAGAAGAAAUGAUUUUCUUUGAGGUCUUCGCACUUAUCUAAGAGUGCUGUUUAUCCAAUUCCUCUGAGCUGCUCUGGAAAUCUUGAACUCAAUUUAACUGGACUGUAUGAACUCCAGCUUCUGUUUCCUUCCCCCAUCAGACCAGUACCCGACAUCGUCUCACUACACCCGCAAAUGGGACAAGAUGGUGGUGGAUAUCAGCGAGGAGGAGAAAAACGAGAAGCUGGAGGGAGACGCCGCACUAAACAAACUCUUCCAGCAGAUCUACUGCGACGGCUCCGACGAGGUCAAACGAGCCAUGAACAAGUCCUUUGUGAGUGUCAAACCGAUAUCACAUGAAUCUUUGCUGCCGGAAAUCACCCACACCACAUUGUCAUCCUAGCUGACACAAUCAUGCACACAAUAAUCACAUCGAUACAAUUCUAAAAAGAAAAUCGGUCUUUGUUUCCCUGACUGUGAAUCAUGUGAACUUUACACCUUCCUCAUUUGUUAGAAAAAUAGGAAAGCUGCAGCGGAGCCUUGUACACUUUCUUCUGAAGCUCUCAGGAUAAAGAAACAUUUCACCAAAGCUGCACUGUGAAAGUCAACUUUAAAAUUAUUGUACCUUUUAAAGAGAAAGAGUCUCCAUUCAUCAAGUUUUCUUUGGUUAGUCACAGAAUUCAAACUCCAUUCAGGAACUGCAGCUUGUUUACAGUUUGUAUCACUGUGAACAAUAUCAGCUGGGCAGAUUGAGGAGGUCAGCCUUGAGAGUAAAGUACAAUCAUGAACAGAUACAUACAGUAGAUUGUAAUCAGUGAUGCUGUAGGGUUUUAAUGCUGAAAGUCUUUAGGACCCAUGGGUGGUGAUUUGGGGAAUUUUGUGGGUAACUGCACGUGUCCUAAAUAGGAAUGGGAAGUUUAAAAAAGUCCUUUGAUCGAUUAAUCAUAUAAAUUCACGAUCAAUCAUCAAUUUAUUCAAAAAUACAGGAAAAAACAUGUAUACCCUCAUUGGCAACUCCCCCCUUAAAACUGUUGUUCAGAACUGCACGCUACAUGCUCACUCGCGCUUCCUACCUGCCCAUACACCAUAAUGACCGCUGUUCAUUUCUCACUAAUGAAAUGCUAAAGUCAGGGACAUUUGCAGGGACAAUGUUACCCGAAACGGGGACUGUCCCCUGAAAUUGGGGACGUCUGGUUCCGCCACUUCCGUCUUGCUAGCAAGUAGCUGAUGGUAGGUUGAGACUGAAAGGGCAUAGAGGAUUCAUUAACCUCAGUCGGAUGUUAAGGUUCAAGUGGUACAUCAUCAGGGUCGUUGUGGUGUUGUACUUGUACACAGCAUUGCAGUGUUGCAGCAAACCUCAUCAUUUUUCCGCCCGAAAUGGUCCCACACCUACGAAAAAAGAGGUUUAGGGACACAAGAAGAGAAAAAAAUAAUUACAAGAGGGAGAUUUUUUUCAUUUCCAUUUUGAGAUUAAAGUCGAAAUUGUGAGAUUAAAGUCGAAAUUUUAAAAAGUCGAAAUUUUGACUUCAUUCUGUCGACUUUAAUCUUGAAGAUUUCACCUUUAAUCCCAAUUUUUUUUUAUCUCAAUUUUGACAUUACUCACAAAUUCUCAUAAUCUUAAAAUUUAGACUUUAGUCUUGAAAUUUCAAUUUUUAAUCUCGAAAUUUAGACUUUAUUGACAUAAUUAUGAUUUUUUUUAGUCUAGAAAUUUUGACUUCCAUCUCGAAUUUUCGAUUUUAAUGUCCUUUAUGUAAUUAUUGUUUUUUUUCUUUUCAUGUGGCCCUAAUCCUCUGUCAUACACACUACACUACAUCUUGCUUUCUUCAGGAUUUUUUUUAACGUCUACAGACGCCCGCUGAUGCUGUAUCACUCCUUUUGUAAAAUGUCAAAAUCCUUUCUCGUGGUGAUAGUCAGCAUUGUCUGAACACACACACACACACUGACUGGAAAAAGAGGGUAUCCCUUCCAAUCAGCAGAUGUUGAUCUUUGCUGGAAAGCAGCUGGAAGAUCGACGCACACUGUCCGACCUUUUUAAUAAUGUUUGAUUGAUCGAAAUUUUGCAUGAUCGACGUAAUUCUUCAAAUUAUCGAUCAUCGAUUAAUCGUGCCCAUUCCUAGUCCCAAAUACAUUUAAUGUUCCAUGCAAAUUUGCAGCGUUGAUGUCGUAUUGGUGUGUUAAGGCCUGGUUUGUUUCAGAGCUCAACCAUGAACAUUGCAGUUGCUGUGCGCAGUCAGCACUUUGCUGAAUGUAUCAGUCGUGAUCUAAAACAAGAUUCUGUCAAAACUUCCUUCCCAUCCAGGGUUGAUCUACGAUAAACAUCAAUCUGAAAUCACUUUGAUGCAGCAUCUCACCUAAACACAGACAGUGUGGAAGUCAGAUGUGUUCACUAGUACGGUUCGUGUUGCUCUGCCUGAAGUCUCUCCUCCUCCUCUUGUCUCUUCACUUCUCGAUGUAGGUGUCUGAGCUGCUGUCAGACACAGCGAGAUAGAAGUAGAAAAGGAGUUUGAUUUGAAAGCAUCAAAUAGAUCCAAAAUUACAAAUAUGUGUUUUUGAAGCACUACAUUUUACAUGGUAUCAAUUUCUGUAUUUUUGAUGCCCUUAUAAACUGCAGCUCUAAUAUGGUUGUAACAUAGAGAUAUGUUCAGAGAAAUUCAAAAUAUAUCUGAAAUUCAAACAAUAUAUUUUCAAAUCUGAGAAGUUAUUAGCAACAUAGAAAAGAGGAAGUGUUUACUGUAACAUCUUUUAUAGCACCAAACUAAAUGAUCAGGUAAAAAAGAAGUUGGUAAUCCAGAGAAACGAUGUGUCUCAUCUGGUUUUCUUCUGUUGGUUUGGCCUUUAUAUUUACUUUUCCCUUACAGCUUACUCUGGAAAAAUAAGGAUUUUUCGAGGCAUUGUCAAGACAAAACAGAAUGAUUAUUUUUUCACAUUUGAGCAGACUGUAUUACGUUCAUGUGCACACAGCUGUGGUCAGUAUUGUCAGUAGCUUCCAUAUUUGCGGCACAUUUGCCCAGUUUUGUGUUUGAAACGGGGCGACCAACUCUGAUGUGGCCUCUCCAACCGUCUGUCCUCUACACCACCAAGUAAACGUUUGCGAUAUGACACACUGGAGCAUUGUGAAUAUCCUGUAUAUGUGUGUGUGAAAUCCCUGCCUUUUAGAUUAAACUGUGUCAGAGAACACACACAGCACUGUGAAGUAGAUAGUGAGUCUGUCUUUUGUGUAAGUGAAAGAAAGCCCAAGCUGGUAUCGAAGACACAGUAAGGUCUGUGUUUUCUGUGGUUUGUUUAGUUACAGUGGUCAGAGGGGCGUUUCCAGAUAGCCUCUCAUGUACUUGUUUGCAGACCUGAGUAAACAGAGCAUGCAUCUAAUUCAUAUCAACCACAAUGCCUCAUGGGAUUUCAUCAUGACAAAGUUGGACAGUUAGGAGCAGCUGUGAACUGAUCAUCCUGGAGUAGCAGAAAGCCUCAAAAGAGCAGCUAGGCGUAGAAGAGACAAGUGAGACUUUUGAAAACCUGUACGUAAAAGUGAAGUCAUGUCAGCGCAGUGUUAAUUUUGGCAGCUUUUUUACAUUCAGUCUUAAAGGUACAUUCUGGUGUAAAUUUGAGUUAGGGUCAAACACACUGUUACACCAAGUUAGACACCCCGUCGAGAGAUGAAUGUUGCCGUCUGCUUGCCUCUCUAGUUAAACCAACUUCAGCAACGACCGCACAAUAGCAAUACACAGCGGGCUCCCCCCACAAACAAGCAGUUGUUUGAGGAGAGUGGGUAAGUUGUGUUUGGUCUCUUUGCUAAAGAAAUCAGGCAAAGCUAAAAAGAUGUUUGAAGGUGAGUACUAUGGCUAGGACCCUAUAUGUACUGUUGAAGAAGUUAGGUGCUGUUCUGAGCAUUAUUUGUGGCAUUUUGGUUGAGGUUUGUUUAUGGCUCCUGAGACCACUGUGUUUUGCUAUCAUGCGGUCGUUACUAAAGUUGGUAUAACUAGAGAUGCAAGCAGUCGGCAAAAUUCAUCUCUCGAGGGGGUGUCAAACUCGUUGUUAUGGUGUGUUUGACUUUAACUUAAUUUGACGCUGGAAUAUCCCUUUAAUUCACACUAACCACAAUGCCUCACUCAAAUGCUUUUGAGUUGUGGUCACAUUUUUGUCACUCCUGCCCUAAAUAGUUUUAGUGAAUAAAAAUCAAAACAUUUUAGUCAUUAGUCUUCCUCGAAGUGUUUUCUGUCUUCAAACUAAUUUAAUUCAUCAAUCACAAAUUGAAGUUGCAAGGUUGUACUUCUCUUAAAAUCUUUAGUGUCUCACUUUCUUAACACUUUACUUGUGUAACAUCAGGAUUCAUUGCUUUAAUUGGAUGAUGUAGUUAAGACUUCUGCCUGUGAAAUGCUGCUGAUCUGCUGAGUUACUACAAAGAAAUGAUCCUUGCUGCUCCAAGUCAAACUUUCUCUCUAUGACCACUAUGGAUACAUUUAUAUUGAUUGACUUCUUCUUUUUGUGUGGUGGGGGGCUCAGUUCAGGAGGUCUUUCAGGCCACAUCUUCAUCUUCAAUUAUUUUGAUUUGUCAUUGCUAGGAAACAACGUGUCGAAUUGGCUCUUUAAUGUCUCAGAACGAGGUUUGGACACAGAGCUGUGAACUGCUGUCAAACAUUAGACUGAGGUCCCCUCGUUUGCUGGUGUCGUCUUUAUCAACACACAGCAGGAAAUGUUUAUAAAGAUGAGAAGGCAACAUGGAGACAGAGAGGAUUAGUGAGGAUAAGUGAGAAAAUGAAUCAUACACCACUGAACAAACUCAGCUCAUUACACAAAUGUUUUGUUUUGAUUUUAGGUGACAAAUUAGAUACGCAUUGGGUAAAUCUGUUGAAAUUUAAAUGUCCUAAAACAAGGGUCUCUUUAUCUUCUUGUAAACUGAAACAAAACCUGUAUUUUUCAAAGUGUUUGCCAUUGAUGAUGGAACUUAUUUGGUCAUUGCUGAAUGGAGGUGUACAAACUUUGGAGCAGGUAUCCCAGUUGAGGAUGCACUUUCAGGAUAGAUGAUACUUGACUGGCCAGCCCUCCUCUCCUGUUGCCCCUUCCUCUUGUCUUUUUUAGAAUAUUUGAAAUUUUAGCAUUUUGCAUUCCCAAAGAUCACCCCUAACCAUCAACAAAUGAGUGGAUUCAAUUAGGGCUGGGCGAUAUGGCCUCAAAUCAAUAUUACAAUAUAUUGAGCAGUUCACCUCGAUGACGAUAAAUGGACAAUAACUACUCCACAAGCCGCUCACCCCCUCCCACAUUAACUUUGUCAACUUCAGCUGCCGCUCCAGCCGCUACAACUUUUGAACCGUCCUCCAUCUCCUCACUUGUCUUUCCCUCUCUGAUACGGAAUAAUUGAGGUGGAGUCACAUCUCUGACGUAGGACAGCCUCUUAAAGGGACAUGAGACCAUAGCCUACCUACACACAUCCAAAACCAACUUUGAUUUACUUAUUUUUUGACACUGAAUAUAUUGACAUGGGCAAAAUGACGUCAGUUGUUGUCGUAAAUUUCGGUAACGGUAAAUUUUUGGUUUAUUGCCCAGCCCAACAUUCAAUCUCUCUCUCUCUCUCUGCUGUGUGUGUUCAUAUUGUUAAUAUGGCAGCAGUACCUCUGCAGGUAACAGAAACAGAAAGAGACAUAACAGACGAGCUGAAUUUGUCCUGAGGGGGACAUAAACGUGUGAACCAAGUUUCAUGGCAUCCCAUCCAAGUGUUGUCAAGACACUGCACCCAAAACCAUAAAUGUCAGCCAGCCAAUGCUCGAAGAAGAGCUCUGCUAACGGAGUCCUGAGAGGUGUUUGUUGAUUUGUAACAGUUAUCCUGCGGGGCCGUCCUCCUGCAGUCUCUCUGCCUCCACAUCCUUCGUCUUUGCUCCUCUAUAUGAACAUGUUACUCACUGGUUAGAAAUCAUACAGUCAACCAUCAAAAGUGAAAUGACUCACUAUCGUCACUCCACUGGACAGCCAGCAGUUGUUCUUAUUUUAGAAAACCGUAUUGCAAACAAGCCCUCUCCAGAAUGCCCACACUCUGAAUUGACAGCAGCCCACAGACACAAACAUUUGGGACAUUACAGCGAUCUCUACAUGAGCAUUGUUUGACCAAAGUUGUUCUGCAACUAUUUUAUAGUGCAAACAAAUGCAGCGUGCCGCUCCUGUGUUGGAUAACAGAUGACCUCAUGGCGGUGGAGAACUGCUGCACACCUAGAAAAGAUUAGCUGUCAUCCCAAACAUCCGCCCCAAAGCUGAUUGGGUUUAAACAUUCAUGAUGAGCUGUCACUUCUGCAUUUGGAGCUUGAGACCUUUAGAAGAAUAAAGGUCACAUUAAAUGGAAAUCUGCGCUCUGAAUUUUUUUCACCUAUAAGCUUUGAAUAAGAUAAAAAUAUAUAUUAGAAAAGAGGCAGCAGUCAAUAAAUAAUCCCGCUUACUCAGCAAUGCUUGUGCAUUCAACAGAGCUUAGGUGGACUUCUUUGUCAGCAUUUUAGAGCAGGUAGAAGGUGUUACGUAACCAGAGUUCUACCCAAAUGAGUCCACUGAAGUUAAAUCACUGUCUGUCUCUCUCCUUCGCAGAUGGAGUCAAGUGGUACGGUCCUGAGCACCAACUGGAAAGACGUGGGCAAGAGAAAAGUGGAUGUUAGCCCACCAGAUGACGUGGAGCACAAGAAGUACUGAGCCCCUCCUGUCCCCUCUCUCGAUCCGUGUCUCCCCGCUUUCACAUCCUCCCUUCAUCUUUUGUCCAUCUGAACUUCCUCCUCGUCUUCGCAGUUGUUCUGUCGUUUUCACUAAGUGCAGGGAGCCUCGGUGUUCCCACUUUUACUCUUUGCCUAUUCUCUGCAAUAACCAGUAACCCUCUAAGGUCAGAUAGCUCAAAUAAUCUCCACAGUGACUUUUCUCUCAAAGACUCAAACAGAGUUAUCAAAAGGGACUGACGGACUGAACUCUUAACUCCAGUUUUAGAAGCAUCACUCUUCUUCCCUCUCCUGGUUUUUCUCAGCCUUUUAUGAGGAGUUCUGUCAUCAGCUCUUGUAUGAAAUUGUAAAAUUGUUCAUAGUAAGUAAUAUCCGUUUGAAAGUGGAAAUGAUCACUCUGAUUUCAUUUCUCGGCUCUUUUCUGUACACUCGGUAAAAAGUCAACAGCAAUACUGACUUGUCUGGGGUCUGUGUGACUCGUCAGCCAGGGGCUCAUUACCGCUCGCUCCCCCCCAGUGUGAUUCAAGCUUCAGUGUAAAUAAAAGAUUUGUUGUUUGGCUCACAAA